AUGCAUAAUGCCCAACCUUGGACGGCGGAUGAUUUUCCUUUGGGUAAAUAUCCCUUGCACACCAAUCCCAAACUACCACUGACGUUGGUGCUAGAUUUGAAGAGAGCUCUCGCGGCCAUUUCUGAGUUGCCCGAUGCUGUGCUGAAGGCAGAGCUCGGUCGACGAGAUGCGACAUCUGAUGAUACCCCGACAUGUGGCUCUAAAUCGCAGGGAGUCUAUAACACUCCGCUGCAUGUCAUGGCACUAUUCCUCAUCCUGGUGCUCAGUACCCUGGCAUGCUCCUUUCCCGUUCUUGCACACCGAUUCCCGCGUCUUCCAAUCCCCCGUCGGUUCCUCUUCAUAUCAAGGCAUUUCGGAACGGGUGUUUUGAUUGCGACGGCGUUUGUGCACUUGCUCCCAACAGCGUUCAUUUCCCUAACCGACCCAUGUCUUCCUCGCUUCUGGAGUCAAUCAUACCGUGCCAUGGCUGGAUUCGUGGCAAUGAUCUCGGUGUUUGCGGUUGUUCUUGUGGAGAUGUUCUUUGCCAUGAAGGGCGCGAAGCAUGUUCAUGGCAGCGAGUAUGAUAAUUUGAUCGGCGAGGUCGGAAGAGACUCAAUAAGUGACACUGGGGAUCGCGCUGGGGAAUAUGCGGGACUUGAAGCACAGCAGGUUCCAGAGAGUAUCAGCUUGGUCAACGUGGGACACAAGCCUCAGUCGCGGGCGACAAGAGCUUCGGGUUCAUCUCAUGAGUUGAGCCGCUCUCCGCUGACAGACGCCUCGGGGGACAAGGAUGACGAUCUGGCCGACCUCGAUGGUCUGGAUGACUACAUGGAUAACGACCAGCAACCCAUCAAUGGACAGGCAACCCCCUUAUCGCAGUCCCACCGUCGACACACGUCGCAGAUGAGCGUAAGCCGCCGCCCGACAGGUUCGGAAUCACUUAUAGCGAACCCACAGCGCCAACUUCUACAAUGUCUUCUCUUAGAGGCCGGCAUCCUGUUCCACAGCAUCUUCAUUGGUAUGGCACUCAGUGUUGCAACGGGGACCUCGUUUGUCGUCCUCUUGAUUGCGAUCAGUUUCCAUCAGACCUUCGAAGGCUUUGCCUUGGGUUCCCGAAUCGCAUCGCUCAUCCCAGAUCUCUUCCCCCCGAAUUCCCCCAAGCCGUGGUUAAUGUGCCUUGCGUACGGGGCUACAACUCCCUUGGGUCAAGCUAUUGGGUUGGUUUUGCACAAUAUGUACGACCCCGCCAGUACCACAGGCCUCUUGAUGGUUGGCGUUACCAACGCCAUCAGCAGUGGUCUUUUGCUUUUCGCGGGCUUGGUAGAACUUCUAGCAGAGGACUUCUUGAGCGAGUCCAGCUACGACACCCUCAAGGGCAGACGGCGCGUCGAGGCCUGUUUGUCAGUCGCAGGCGGUGCGCUCCUGAUGGCGCUCGUCGGUGCCUUUGCUUAA